CCUAGUCAGUCAGUCGCAACAUAGAACUCUCCGUCCCUCCCCUACCUCCUCCCACAUUUCACAUCUCUCCACUGUCCCAUGCACCCGAUAAGCUGCCUGCUUCCUUCUCCUUUGUAGUGAUCGGCAAGCAUCGUCAAUCUCGCCCGCCAUUGAAGCCUUCCCCACCAACCUUAAAAUCUCCUCCUCCAACCCUCAGCUCCUCGCGUUGUGCCUCGGAGAUAUCCCCCACAGUCACCCCAAUGGCGACGAAUUCUCUGCUCUCUUCCUCUUCUUCGUCGUCUUCCCUGGGCCAUCGGUCUCCGCUCUCACACCGGCCGGGCACGCCGCAGCUCUCUUCUCCCGCCUCCGUCAAGCUCCGCCCGAGAUUUGGCGCGCGCCGUCUCAUUGCGAGGUGCUCUCUCGAUGCUUCAAAAGACCCCAAGGACGACACGCCCAUCGAACUGAAGUAUGCAGCAUUCCCCAGUGUUCUUGACAUCAAUCAGAUUCGCGACAUUCUGCCUCAUAGGUUCCCCUUUCUACUAGUGGAUAGAGUGAUCGAGUACAAUCCUGGAGUUUCAGCUGUUGCUAUUAAGAAUGUGACAAUCAACGAUAACUUCUUUCCUGGGCAUUUUCCCGAGAGACCAAUUAUGCCUGGUGUCCUCAUGGUCGAGGCAAUGGCUCAAGUUGGGGGCAUAGUUAUGCUACAACCCGAAGUUGGAGGAUCUCGGGAGAACUUCUUCUUUGCUGGGGUCGACAAAGUGAGAUUCCGAAAGCCAGUCAUCGCAGGUGACACCUUGGUGAUGAGGAUGACGCUCACGAAGCUGCAGAAACGCUUCGGGAUAGCGAAGAUGGAAGGAAAGGCUUACAUAGGAGGCGAGGUGGUCUGCGAGGGUGAGUUCUUGAUGGCUACUGGUAGCGAAUAAUUUGCCCCCUUGCAGCAUUGAUGAGUUCUCCCAGUAGUAGUGGCUUUUGCCAUUUCUCUUUAAUCUCUUCUCUUUGUUUGAUUUUGAUUGUGCUCAAGAAGUAUGAUGAGGUUUCUUUCUAUUGGGGAUCUUUAACAUCAUUCCGACUUAAUUUAACAUGGGAUUCAGGAGCAUGGUUAUCAUAAGACAAUGAACUUUCAUGUGUGCAAGGGUUGAUUUGAUGUCCAGCUUGAACAUGGAUUUUACC